AUGGCAAAAACAAAUAAAAGAGUUGGCCAAAAAAAGGAACAGAAAAAAAACAGUGAAGAUAUUCCAAUUUUUGAUAAAUUUGAUAUUAUAGAAGAAGAAAAAUUAGAUGAAAAAACUGAUAAUUUUGUUAAAAUUUUAUCAAAUGGGAUGAAAAAUUACGUAUUACCUGCUCAUAGAUCUAUUUGUACUGAAAAUUCAAUUCAAAUUAAAAAAAGAAAAAAAGCUGAACCUUGUCAAUCUGAUCAAGAAAUUGAAGAACUUGGUUCUGAUGAAUUAUGUGAAUCUAAUUCAGAAUUUAAAU